AACGUGUAUGGUGUAGCCAUAUAUAAGAGUCACGUUUGCCACCGGUAAAACGUUUAGUUGUGACCAAAAGGUCCAUUCGGAAGGAACGGAUACCAAGUCGCACUCCAAGUUGUCGUUCCACUUGUCAUUAUCAACAUGUUCGGGUUCAAAAAAGGUACCGUCAUCGCGAUGAUGGUAGGGCUGUGCGUGGCUGUUGGAAUCAUCGUUGCUAUUGUCAUACUCACACGGUCGGGAGAUAAAACGCGCGAGUGGGAGAGCAAAUUCGUUAGUACAUCGAUUUUAGGACAAUUUAAGAAGGCUGCUGUAGCAACAAAUGGAGUGCGAUGUUCGGAAAUAGGGGCUGAAAUGCUCCGGAGAAACGGCUCAGCGGUGGAUGCGGCGAUAGCAGCAUUACUCUGCGAGGGUGUAUCGUCUUCACACAGUAUGGGGAUCGGUGGAGGAUUUCUGAUGACGAUUUGGGACGCGGAGAAAAACGAAUCAGUUUUUCUCGAUGCGAGAGAAACAGCUCCUGCAGCUGCACACGAGGAGAUGUUCAAGGGCAAUGCGUCGCUUUCAUUAUUAGGUGGAUUGGCCAUUGCUGUUCCUGGCGAAAUCGCUGGAUACUGGGCCGCUCACCAAAAAUACGGAAAACUCCCCUGGAAGGACCUGUUCCAGCCGACAAUAGCUUUAUGCAAAGAAGGGAUCGUAAUCAACGAUUAUGUUGCUUAUAAUUUAAGAAAUCAUGAGCAUACGAUCCGGGAUCAGCCGAGUCUCGCGGAGAUCCUGAUCAAUCCCAAGACAAACCGGACGUGGACGGUGGGUGACAGACUCUACCGCCCGAAAUUGAAUACAACGCUGAAGUUAAUAGGGGAAUAUGGUCCCAGCAUCCUUUACAAUGGCACCAUGGGCGAGAAGAUAAUUCAAGAAAUUAAAGGAUUCGGUGGGAUCAUGGAGAUGGAUGACUUAAGAAAUUACAGACCGAUAUGGAAAGCUCCAGCUAAGGCAACUCUCGGAGAGUUCACAGUCCUCUCAGCCCCACCUCCAGGUUCCGGGCUAAUCCUCACGUUUAUCCUAAAUGUCCUGCAAGGUCUUGUUCCAACAGCGAAUGAGGGAGAUUUCUGGCAGCGUAUGAUUGAAGCCUUCAAGUGGGGGUACGCGAGGCGAACGCAGCUGGGGGAUGAUCAAUUCGAGAAUCUAGAUGACAUAGUGGGGAAUUUGUCGUCUCAGAGCUACAUAGAGGAGGUCAGGAGCAAGAUAAAGGACGACUGGACAAGCACUCACCCAAAAUACUACGGAGUGGAUGUCGCUGUCCCUAAUGACUCAGGAACCUCUCACGUGUCUGUCCUGGCACCUGACGGUUCCGCAGUUUCUGUCACGUCAACUAUAAAUCAAAUAUUCGGUGCCAUGAGACGAUCAGAAUCAACUGGAAUAAUCUUCAACGAUGAAAUGGAUGACUUCAGUUCUCCCGGUAUGACAAAUGGCUUUGGUCUGCCCCCAUCACCAAAGAACUUUAUCAAGCCUGGUAAAAGACCCAUGAGUUCAAUGGUACCGACGAUUGUGAUAAAUUCGAAAAAGGAGGUACAAUUGGUGAUUGGAGCAGCUGGGGGUUCGAAGAUCCCGAGUGCGGUUGCCCUGUCGAUGGUCUUGAACCUCUGGACUGGCUACAACAUAAAAGAAGCUGUGGACGCUAAACGCCUCCAUCACCAGGUCCUUCCGAUGAGAAUCGACGUGGAGAGGGGCUUCUCCCAACCUCUCCUCAAGCAUCUGAUGGAACUCGGUCAUAAUACGUCUUAUUUCUCUGGAAUCGGGAGUGCAAUCUGUGCGGUUUCUAAACUCAAUCACGAGGGAAUAACUGCCAACUCGGAUUAUCGCCGGCAAGGAGAUGUUGCUGGUUAUUAGAACUGUAGAUAUCAAUUUGUAAUUAAUUCAUCCCUGUCAAUUCAUGUAAAUUCAUGUCUUAUGUAAAUAUAUAGAACAUUUUUAUUUAUAUUCCCGGCA